CUCCGAAACCUAUAGCGAUUUUAAAUUGAAAAAUGAUGCAAUUAUAUGGUUAUAUGGUCCGAUACUAUUAGCCAAUGAACUGCGGGAGGAAUAAUGUCAUUUGAGAGGGGGCGUGUUCUUUUCCAUUAAAAAAGCUUUAAAAAGCUUGUAAAUUCGGAAGAAAUCAACAUUUAGGGUAAAAGUAAAGGUUCAUCAAACAACUUAAUUUCUUUCAAUAUUUACGACAUAUCUCGUAUCCUAGCAAUAUGGACUCCAAGAUCGCAUCAAACAUGCCAGAGUGCCUGCCACCACCAUUUCCAGGGUCACCACGCUUUAACCAUGGGACUAGCAGCGGUUGCUCCAGCGCUAUAGCAGCCGUUUUGACCGCGGUGGUGCUGGCCUCUGGGUUGAUCGCAGCGGCAAUCAUAUUUCGAAGCGGUGGGUACCCCGUGACAACUUGCCCAGCUGGGGGCAACCAGGUGGCCCAACCUAGGGCCUUGAGUGAAAACAAGGUCAAGGUGGCUGACUUGACGACCGAAAAUGGUGAUCAUUUGACGGAAGUCUUCGACUACGACAGACAAUCCAACACCGUGCUCAUUGAAUCUCCAGCAAACAUCAGCGAGAACUCCACCGCUGCCACCAUCGCGGUGGACCUCGACCGGUCUGUCAUGUUCAUGCAUUUACACGAUUCCAACACCUGUGUCGGCCUCACGAUCAAAGAUGACUUCGCCCACCAAGUGCGCGACUACGUCGAGGAGGACGGCCAAAAUGUGAUCGACAUAUCCAGUGUCGCGUUCGACAACGAGAACUACCGCCUGGUCGGCCAGAUUCCGACCGCCUACUUCCAGGCCACCACCGGACCGGUCAUCCGUGGCCUCUGCUCCGGCCGCAACACGUUCUGGGCGCUUCCCGUGACCGCGGAGGAGUACGGCCGUCUAAAGCGUUACAGCUGCAGAUCUGUAAAAUGGUGUUUGUGGAUAAUUUAUAACUGGAGAAUGGGCAUAUGCAUAAGCAGGGAAACAUGCGAUUAUUAAAGGAUGACGACGAAAAGGGCUACAUGUCAACACGAGUUGAACCCCGUGAGGUAUCUCGUAAUCAUAGUCAUCGCAUGUAGUAUUUCUAGUUUGUUUAUAAAUACGAAUUCUUCAUUUUUAGAGCAAAUGAUAAAUCAGGUGGUGUAUCCCUUUCGCAGGCUGAAAAUAGUAACUUGUGUGAAUCCUAUGGUAAACAAGAAAUUACACCAACAAAAACUCCCCUGAAAAGAUUAGAACUGGUAAUUGCGUUUAUGUGAAAUUAU